AUGGAACAGCAAGCGAAGGCACCUCCAGACUUGCGACAUGUUGUCAACUUCCUGCGUAGCAGCAAGUCCGGGAUGAAGGUCAGAGUGGGGGUUCUGAACGGAAAGCGGAUAGACUACUUCAAAGGCAAAUCAGCCGUGAAAGCGCUACUUUCACCUGCGUACGGAAAGCUCAAGAAUGUGCCUUCAGUAGCCACGGAAGCGGACGCGAAUUCCGUACUGCUGUCACUUCUUCCCUUCGCCUUCUUCCUCCGCGUUGAGCGCGGCGCACCUUCCUCUUCCUCUGCGAGUUCACCGAAGAUGCUAUCCAUAACGCCGAUGCAAGCGUUCCAGCCGACAGACUACUUCGCAUGGUUCUAUGAGGGCUCGCAGUGGACAACUUACGUCGGCGGUGUCGCGAUGGUCGCCAUUAUGCUUGCUGGUGUCAUGUUCCCUCUUUGGCCACCCAUCAUGCGGCUCGGAGUGUGGUAUAUCAGCAUCGGCGUACUGGGACUGGUCGGCCUGUUCUUAGCGGUCGCAGUAAUACGACUGAUAUUCUACAUAAUUACUAUCAUUGUCGCGAGUCCGGGCAUUUGGAUCUUCCCCAAGUUAUUCGCAGAUGUUGGAUUUGUUGAGUCAUUCAUUCCGCUAUGGGAAUGGGAUCUUCCAAAAAAGAAAGGGAAAAAGAAACGGGUUGAGAAGGAGAAGGGCAAAGGCAAAGCUGCUGCGGAAGGCGCGUACAUCGAGGAAGUAGCGGAUUCGGGCAGCUCUCGUCCAUCUAGCAGAACCGCGCGAGUAGAAGAUGUGGCAGAGGAGGACUCGUGA